AUGCGCUUGGCCAAGUUCUUCUCUUACCGCUUGGAGUCAUACAAGGAGCUCACUUGCAGUUGGAGAUCCUAUUGGUUUCACUUAUGGAGAGGAACCCAUUGGGAUAUCAAGGAGGAUGAGCUACAAAGAGUAUGGGCUACAAUCGCUGAGAGGUACUCUUCUUCAAGGUCAAAGGCUGCUCAUCAGGAGCCCUGUGCUAGAUAUGUCCACAAGGCUCUUGCCAACACCUUCUUUGCAAGGAAAGCCACUGGGACAAUAAAUGAAGGAGAAGUGAAGCUCCUUGACAUGGGAAUCAAGCCCAUCAUCUCACGCACCAAGGAUGGGAAGAAGAUCAGAGGAGAUAGAAUCCAUGCAGGGAAUCUCAUGCCUCUCUUGACCAGCUACUCUCCUACAAGACAACGCUUACAACACUCGGUUUCAAACGGGAAGGAAGCUUAG